AUGUCCACAAGACUAGUGGAUUACAUUGCAGUUGUUGGCUCUCCCUAUGACCCCAGGGAAAUGAUGCACACCAAGAGGUUGUCGUCAACAAUAACAAAAUACACUUCAACAGUGGGAAGGGAUCAAACAAUUGAUAGUGAAGAAGAUGAAGAACAGAGAAGUAAUUUAUCUGAAGUUGAAUCUGAAACUUUGUCUGUUGGGGAAAAUUCAUCUAAUAUAAUUGAUGAUAAAGUUUCUGUUGGAGUUGUAGUCGAGGAGGUAGGAAUGAAUAGUUAUGAUGCAGUGUUUGAUAAUAGUGCGGAAAUGUUUAUGGACAAACUUAGGAAACCAAUUGUAUUGGACAGAUAUCCAAGAGAGGACUAUCCUUCAGCUCCACUAUCACCUGAAAUACCUCUCUUUUGUUUUCCGAAUGGAGAGAUUGGAAUUCGUAUUGAUGAAUGUACUUUACCAAUGUAUUAUACUUUUGUUUUAACUGCUGCUGAUGGUAACAAAACCUAUGGAGCUUGCCUAAAUAUUUGGGAGGAAUAUCAUUUGGAAGAUGAAUUAUUGAAUACUGAAAAGAAGGAUAAUGAUGACGGAAUGAUUUCCAUAACUUUUGAUCCAAUCAAGACUGAACGAGAGACUUCUACAAUUUAUAUGUCAAAAAGCAUUGUACUAAUUUCUCAUUAUCCAUUCUAUAAUUUAUUCAAAUUCUUUCUGACUCAAAUGUAUAGAAUUAGUAUUACACCAUCUAAAAUACCAAUUGAAAGAUUUAUUUCAAAUUUCAUUUUUGAGGUACCUCUACCUUGUCAGGGAAAAGUACAGGUCCACUACAGCAUUGGUGAUAAGGAGAUUUUUAUAACAAGACCUCCACCUAAUGAGUUACCGAUGGCUGAAGUUGAUUUUGAACUCUUAUUUUGUACAUUAAGCAUUGAGAACAUUAUGAUUUUAUUUGAUUUAGUAUUACAAGAAAAAAAAAUUUUAUUUACUUCAAGUCAUGUAGCUUUAUUGACUCAAAUUUCUGAGAUUAUUUGCCAUUUAGUGUUUCCUUUCAAGUGGCACCAUAUUUAUAUUCCAUUAUUACCUGCCAAAUGUGCAGAAUUUUUAUUUGCUCCAGUUCCCUUUAUGAUGGGAUUGGCAAAGGAUUUUGUAAAUAAUAUCGAGAUACCAUCAGAUGUUUUCCAAAUAGAUUUGGAUAACAAUCAAAUUGUUUGUUCAAAGCAGCAAUCAAUUCCAAAUCUUCCUGAAAAACAAAAGAUUAGAUUACAAAACACUUUGAAUAGCUUGGUAAGGACAAAAGUUGGAUCCCAAAGAGCUAUUGAUAAGUUGCACUUUGUAGAUCUAGCUUAUGCUAUGGCUCCAAUUACAGAAGAGAUUGACCCAAAAACAGGAGAGGCAUUUCCAUUCCCAACACGAGAAGUAAGAAUGGCUUUCACACGAUUUUUCGUUUCUCUCUUUUUCAAAUAUAAGAAUUUUUUCAGAGAAGCUCAGGAUUCUGAGCUAGAGAGCAUGUUAGAUUUAGAUCAUUUCUUUAAUAAGAAUGCAUUCACACACCAACUUCCAGAACAGGCUAGAUCAUUUAUGGAAAUAUUUCUGCAUACUCAAACAUUUGAAAGGUUUUUAUUAGAUAGAUUGGAAAAAGUAAAUCAGAAUGAAGUUCAAUAUUUCGAAGAAUUAAUGAUACAGAAAGAUAAUGAAUCAAAGUUCAAGUUCAGAAAGCAACCAACCCCAUUUCUCUCCAAAAAUUUUGCCAUCUCAAGAACGUUGAUGGCUCUUUCACCAGAUAACUCCAAUCUUACUUCAAGUACUGAACCAUAUAUUUAUUUAUAUUUUCCAACUAAGUUAGAUCAUACGCUAUUCACUAAAAGAGAAUAUACUCAACUAUUAGUUUCAGAAUCUGACGUGGUUUCUAAUAAUGAAAUUAACUUAUCAUGGAAAUCUUGUAUUGCUGCUCUCUCAUCCCUUUCUACAAAUCAGUACUCCAACAAAACAGAUAAUAAUACAAAGAUGGCAUCAGCAAAUAUAAUACUAGAUGAAAAUAGAAAUGAGAACCUUUUUGAUAGAUUCUCAUUCCAGACGGAUUCAAAAUGUUAUCAUUGUGAGCAUAUUUGUAAGGAAUCUGAAAUAAGGUCUGGUUGGAGUUCAAGUAAUUCGCAGAGUUAUACAACAACAUGUACACAUUGCUCCAAACAAUUCGUUCCUUACUUUUCAGUUUACUUUAAACUUCCUUCAGUCACACAAGAAUUACACCAGUUAACCUCUGUUGAAUAUCUAUCACCUCUAGUGAUAAGAAAAGAAAUUGAAAAUUUGAUAUCACAUGAUGUCAAAGCAGAUUCUGCCCUGUGUUGGCAGCACCCAGUACUUUUUUGGAAUCUUGUGGUACAUUUCAGAUCACUUCCUCUUUCGUUUAUAUUUCCAUGUAUUGAUUGGAAUGCUAUUCAAUCUCAUCUUGUUACAUCUCUAUCUCAAAAUUCUACUGUUAAUUGAACCAGCUGCCCUGUCCAAUUUAAAAUGAGCAAGAUUUUAAUUAUGAUUUGUAGUAUUUAGAUAACUAAAUAAAUGAAUU